GUUGGUUAGGAGCAGAACUACAACCAUUCCUUGUAGUGAAGAUGGGAAAAAUGGGGUCUCCAAUGACCUCUCUCAUUCUGGCUGUUUUAGUAGCAGUCUUCUCUCUCAGCUUGCCAUCAGAAACCACAGCAAACUACCCGUACUCAUCCCCUCCACCUCCCCCAAAGAAACCUUACAAGUACUACUCUCCUCCUCCGCCGGUGAAACCAUACUAUCCACCACACCAUCCGGUGCAUCCACCACUCCAUCCAGUGCAUCCACCGCUCCAUCCGGUGCAUCCACCACACCAUCCAAUUCCACCAGUGCAUCCACCAUACCAUCCAAUUCCACCAGUGCAUCCACCACACCAUCCAGUGCAUCCACCGCACCACCCAGUGCAUCCACCAUACUAUCCACCACACCAUCCAGUGCAUCCACCACACAAGCCAGUUCACCCCCCACCGAAGAAACCCUACGUGUACAAGUCUCCCCCACCACCACCACCUAAGGAGCAUCACCAUCAUCAUCCUCCAUCACCACACUAUCCACCACACUACCCACCACAUCUUCCACCACACCAUCCACCUUACAAGUACAAGUCUCCUCCCCCUCCUCCUCCUGUUCCAGUUUACCAUCCCCCUUACAAGUACAAGUCUCCUCCCCCUCCUCCUCCUGUUCCAGUUUACCAUCCACCUUACAAGUACAAGUCUCCUCCCCCUCCUCCUCCUGUUCCAGUUUACCAUCCUCCUUACAAGUACAAGUCUCCUCCCCCUCCUCCUCCUGUUCCAGUUUACCAUCCCCCUUACAAGUACAAGUCUCCUCCCCCUCCUCCUCCUGUUCCAGUUUACCAUCCCCCUUACAAGUACAAGUCUCCUCCUCCUCCUCCUCCUGUUCCAGUUUACCAUCCCCCUUACAAGUACAAGUCUCCUCCCCCUCCUCCUCCUGUUCCAGUUUACCAUCCCCCUUACAAGUACAAGUCUCCUCCCCCUCCUCCUCCUGUUCCAGUUUACCAUCCCCCUUACAAGUACAAGUCUCCUCCUCCUCCUCCUCCUGUUCCAGUUUACCAUCCCCCUUACAAGUACAAGUCUCCUCCCCCUCCUCCUCCUGUUCCAGUUUACCAUCCCCCUUACAAGUACAAGUCUCCUCCCCCUCCUCCUCCUGUUCCAGUUUACCAUCCUCCUUACAAGUAUAAGUCUCCUCCCCCUCCUCCUCCUGUUCCAGUUUACCAUCCACCUUACAAGUACAAGUCUCCUCCUCCUCCUCCUCCAGUUCACCACCAUCCACCUUACAAGUACAAGUCUCCUCCUCCUCCUCCUCCUGUUCCAGUUUACCAUCCACCUUACAAGUACAAGUCUCCUCCCCCUCCUCCUCCAGUUCACCACCAUCAUCCUUACAAGUACAAGUCUCCUCCCCCUCCUCCUCCUGUUCCAGUUUACCAUCCACCUUACAAGUACAAGUCUCCUCCCCCUCCUCCUCCAGUUCACCACCAUCAUCCUUACAAGUACAAGUCUCCUCCCCCUCCUCCUCCUGUUCCAGUUUACCAUCCACCUUACAAGUACAAGUCUCCUCCCCCUCCUCCGCCAGUUCCAGUCUACCAUCCACCUUACAAGUACAAAUCUCCUCCCCCUCCUCCGCCAGUUCCAGUUUACCAUCCACCUUACAAGUACAAGUCUCCUCCCCCUCCUCCGCCAGUUCCAGUCUACCAUCCACCUUACAAGUACAAGUCUCCUCCCCCUCCUCCUCCAAUUUACCAUCCACCCUAUGUGUACAAGUCCCCACCACCACCACCACCACACCCGUCGUACAUCUAUGCAUCUCCCCCUCCUCCGCACCACUACUAGAUAAUGGCUUUAUUGCAUCAUGGAAAGCAAAAGAACUUUGUGAAAAUAAAGAACAGCCGGGUUGUUUGAAGAAGUAGUAUACUUACAAAGGACAGCGAGUUUCGGAUAUGAAGUAUUGUUGAGUUUGUGCUGUCGGCGUUCCUCUUGCUCAUGAUGUUAAUUGUAGUACGUAGUACUGUAGUGGUAAAUGUAUUUAUGCAAAUUGUGUUUACGAAUGUAGUGGUUUCGACCUUUAAGCAAACGCGGAGGUUGAACACUUAUAAUAAAAUAAGCAUGUUUCUCGAUCGACA